UUACUCGUUGUCGGUUGCAAUUGUCGAAGUAUUGGAUGGACUAUUAAUCGUGUUUGAAACUUUCAUUUCUGUAUACUGUUGUAAAGAAAAGAGAUUGAUAUCGUAAUUAAAUAUCCACGUACAAUCACAGUUAACGCGAUCAAGGCGCGAGGCGCGUGGGUGAUCGCGCGUGCAGCACGCGCAUCACAGCAAGUUGUCAUAUGUUGCAGUCGAAUGUGUAAAAAUUAAAUAUUCAAUUUCAAUGUGUGAUGGAGUGUUAAAUUUCACCGCCUACUGUCUAAGUUAUGGAUUUAUGUUGAGUUACUACGCUUCAGCAUCGCUCUGGGAAUUUUAUACAAUUCUAUACACAAUAAUAUCGUAAACAUGUUUAGGUUAAUUUAGAUACUGAAUAUGUCUGUUGUAAUAUCAUCACUGAAGCGAAAACGCGACAGUUUCGAAGCAAACGGCGAUGUUUCUAGCGGAAAAUACGAGGAAGACAACGAUGUGCAGGAGCAAACCGGGCUUCUUUCGUCUAUCAAAACUUUUUUGUGGUCGAAUACACCGUCUAAGGAAAGCAAGAGUCCUCUUCCAGCAGCAAAGAGGCGACGAAAGAGUACUGAUGUGAACAACGAUUGCAUGAUUUCUUCAUCGCCUCGUAUAAACCGACCAAGGAAAAUCAAGUGCAACACUAAUAGUGAUAAAUUUGAAAAUGACAAUGAUACUAACGUUGGCGCCUAUCCCGAAGACAGUAAAACCGCCGAAACUACAAAACCACGUACCUCCAUCCUCGGGACACUCUUCUCGCCCGUCCUGACACUAUUCGGCAAAAACGGUGAACUAAAGACCGCUACAUCUAGUAGUGGCGAACUUGUUGAAUUGCCAUCAAUAAAUGGAGGGAAAUUGAACUCAAAUUAUAACUCUGUUUGCUCAUGUGAGUCAACAAACGAUGACUGUGAAGUUAAUGGCGGGCAAGCGGGAAUGAAGGAUGAAAAUGCCAACAUCGAAGAGAUCGAUUCAAAUCACUUGGAAACCGGAGAAUGGCCUGACAAUGAUCCAUAUUACUUCUUGCGACAUUUACCACCUCUCACUGAUGCAAUUCGUUCUCAUUCAACGCCAGUGUUGCCUUUGAGAACACGUAGUACACCGGAGUACACAUUGGUCUUGGACCUUGACGAAACGUUAGUGCAUUGUAGUCUAAAUAGGCUUGAAGAUGCAGCCCUAACCUUCCCUGUACUUUAUCAAAAUAUUUCAUAUCAAGUAUUUGUACGUACGAGACCACAUCUGCAACAAUUUCUCGAGGAAGUCGCCGAAUCAUUCGAAGUCAUUCUUUUCACCGCAUCGAAACGGGUUUACGCUGAUAAAUUGAUUAACAUUUUGGACCCGAAGAAAAAGAUUUUUCGGCAUCGAUUAUUUCGUGAGCACUGCUUGUGUGUACACGGCAAUUACAUUAAGGAUUUGACUAUUUUGGGCAGAGAUUUGACGAAGACAAUGAUUGUGGACAAUUCACCGCAAGCUUUCGCUUAUCAGUUGUUCAACGGCAUUCCGAUUGAAAGUUGGUUUGCCGAUCAUUCAGACAGGGAAUUACUAGAUUUGUUGCCGUUUUUGAAUCAUUUAGUGGAACAAGGAAGCGACGUACGGCCUGCUAUUCGUGAUCGUUUUAGGAUGCAUGAGUUACUUCCCGUGGGCAUAGCAUGAGGUGAGAAAAAGACAAUGUUUAUGUAGCUAAAACUGGCGCCAAAAUUUACAAACAGUUCACGGAAGCAAUGAAUAUGAAAGUGCUUUGCACUGAUGCAAGCACUUGUUUUUAUUAUAUUGAUACAGAUCUUGACAUUAGUUCAGGGAAACCGCCGUUCUUAACAAAAUAUAUGUUCGUAUGUUAGUCAAGUUUGGUGGCUCUAUGUAAAAUAGAAAAGUUGUCCACCUGUUAAAAACAGCAUGUUAUUCCCGCCAUAUUAUAUUUCCAUAAAAAGUUGAUAAUCGCCAUGUCACAUAUUAACAAACGUACUAGAUAUAAUUUAAAAGUAAUAACGAUAUUUUAAUGGAGUUUUUAAAGUCACUAACAAUGUUAGUUUAUAUAAUCCUUAAAUGCAUUUAAAGGAAUAAAUAACCGAAAUUAUCAACAGAAGUGUCACUCAUUUUUAGGAAUGGAAUAUACAUAGUUCUGUUUGUCCUGUAUCCAACAAGUUUUGAAAUUUAGAACCACAAAGAUUGCUGUAUCAUUUCUGGUUUUCUAAACCACUUCUUCCUUGCCCUAUUCAUCCAUGCACAGACCAAUCACUUAAAUAUGAUUUUAUAAAUAACAGGAAAACGGCCAUUCUUCAUGUCAAAUGUGUUUAUGGCACAUGAAGACAAAAAAAAUCCUAAUGGUUACAGCAUGAUAUUUGCCCUAUUUGACAAAUAGCAUUGAACAAUCUGCCUGAUCUUAUCACAUAUUCGAUUUCUAUGAAUGCUGACUGC